AUGACACCAAUUGGAAAAAAUUCUUCGGUUGAGAUGUACCUGAGAAUAAAACCGGCACCAGUGGUAAUCAAAGAAGAGGAAAACAUUUACCAGAUACUCGAUCCGUCGAUUCUUCGAAUGAAAACUCCGCCGUCGUUGAAAACUAAUAAUAAAAAUUCGAUCAGAAAAUGGAACGAGACGCACGUUUUUACGAAAAUCUUCGGAUCAGAAACUUUGCAGGCGGAAAUGUUCGAGCGAUCCAUAAAACAUCGGGUUACAGAGUUCCUUGACGGUAAAAGUUCGACCAUUAUGACUUACGGCGCAAAGAAAGCCGGGAAGACUUAUACGCUAUUCGGUACAUCCACGUCGCCUGGUAUAAUACCGCGCAGCAUUCAGCUUGUGUUUUCGAAAAUAAAAUAUUGUUGCCAUUUACCGCCGUGGAUUAAACAGGAAUGUCAGGACAAUUUUUAUCUGGAUGAAAUAUUUGGCUAUCUAAAACUAGAAGAACAGAGCAUUAAGACGUGUACGUGUAAGACGUGUAAGACGUGGCAUAUGUCAAAUUCGAAUAAAAUUAUGGAGCAGACAUCCAAAGAAGAAGCCAUGAGAUUUCUGAUCUGCUCUUCUGAAGAGCCAGAGAAUCCCGAUGAAUACAAAAAAUGCGACAAUGGAUAUUCAUACGAGGUGUGGUUGUCCUUCAUAGAGAUUUAUGAAGAUGACGUUUAUGAUCUGUUGGAGGGAAUGAGCAUCCCGGCAAUAAUCGAGAAAGAAAAACAAAGUUAUCUUUAUAAAUCGCAAGUGCAGGUCAGGACUGCGUUGCAAGCUUGUCAGAUUUUCUUGAUCGGUCAAUCAAGAAUGAAAACCUCUGCAACGGCAUCGAAUCCGGAACGCUCUCUGUCGCAUACUAUUUUCAAGAUCAACUUAGUAAAAUAUGAAAAUCAUGCAUCAAGCAUAGCGACAUUUAGUACUCUUACUUUCUGUGACUUGGCUAGCCCCAUACUAUAUGUAGCGACCUUAUUAUACCCGCCGGAAAUUCGAAUUAAUGAUAUAAACUUGUCGGUACUUAAUAAAUGCCUUAUGGCAAUGAGUGAAAAUCAGGCGGCUCCCUUUCACAAAUCAAAGUUAACGGCCGAAUUACAAUCUGUUUUUUCCGGUCAAGAAAAUCUGAGUCUUAUAGUAAAUCUCUCUUUAACUCCGAAGUUUAACGAUGAAAAAUGUUUUCAAUUGGAAAAUAUUUUUAAAUUCUGUGACGCAACUAGAAAGCUGAUUGAUAUUUACAAGCAAUAUAAAAAAUCUGAUGAAUUUGAAGUAACUAGCUCAGAAGAAUGUGAAAAUAAUGUCAUUUCGCCACCAUUUAUUCAUCGAACUUCGUCCGAGACUGCAGAGAAGGCUACAUCAACUGAGUACAUCGACUGGGAAGCGUAUGAAAAUAUACAAGAACAGAAUGAAAAGCUGAUGAAAGAAUUGGAAACUACAAGAAGUGACAUUGUGAAUCGCGAAUACGCAACUCGGAAAGAGUUAGCUGAUCAUUAUUCACGAAUGAUCGAAGAAAUGGAAGCAACUUACAAAAAACAUACCAAGGACAUUGAAACUGAAAGACGCGAUCUAUUGAAAUCGUCAAUCGAAUUGGUCGAGAACUUUUACAAGGAACGAAUCGAUAAUUUGAUGCGGCAUAAAAAGAGGAAGCGGGGAGAUGACGGAGAUUACAUUGAGGACAGUCACGCGCUUUAUGAAGAGCUCGAGACUGAGAAUGCGCAAGUUACUUCCAAGAUGAUGGUUUUGAAAGAAACGAUGAAGAAACUGAAAGAUGAGAAUAAAACGAUUCUCUGCAAAAAGAACAAGUGCAGCUUCGAAUUGGCAUUGAUAACAAAAGAAUUGAAAAAGUUUCGGCAGCUCACGCGAUCUAGGAUUCAGAAGUGGGAUAGCAAUACUGAAAGCGAUCCCGAUCAUCUCAUAAACAAUUUGGAAUGCUUAAUGUAUGGAAUGAUAAAAACGACCGAGAUGAAGCUUGAAAAGAUUAAUGAAUACAUCUGCGCGACGAAGGACGAAGAUGUUGAAGCCGCUUCAAAAGGUAUAAUAGUGAAUCAGGAAUUAUCAAAAUCGGAGAAUCUCUUAAAUGAUACUUUGAUCAAGAUGAAAAAAUUGGAGGAGGAACUUUCGCGCAAAGAAGUUUAUAUCGUCACGCUGAAAGAUCGUAUACAAAUGCAAGAAGGACAGCUUACUGAAGUUCAACAAUGUUUGAAUGAUAUAAAAGAUGAUAAUAUGAAGAAUCAGAAAUGCGAAUAUAAUCGAUCAACAAAUAUCUCAUCUCAUGAUUAUGCAAUCGAUAGUUCUUUUGAACAUGAUAAUGUACUUAUUUCUUCUACAAAGAAAAAUUCUUUAAAUAUGAGUUCACCCACUGCAGAUAAAUGCAAUUUUGUCGAUUGGAUUAUCGUCCCAAAAUCAACCCCGACGCAUGCAGAAUCAGCGGAAAAGAAACUCUCGAACAUUUUUGACAUCGAUCGCGAAAGUUUCUUUGAAAAUAACAGUAGUAUGGAUUGCAGUGAGAUUGCUUCAAGAUCGAGCGAUAAAAGCAACAAAGAUGAUUCAGGUGUAAGUAGCGGAUUACAAAACGAAAGUAGAAGAUCUACCAGCAUAAAUGACAGUACACAUACUCGCGAGAAUGAAGACACACAAACUUGUCUCAUCGAGGAGAAUACUAUUGCGACAGAGCGCAGCGCAGAUUUGAAGAAACAGAAUCAUGGAGAGACAUUACAUGUUACCGAAUUAUCUGAAGAUUUGAAGAUCAUCAAAGAUGUGAUUUACACUUUAAAUGAGGCAGCUUGUGUAAAUGAGCGCAAGAUUAUUCAGCAUGAAUAUCAGUUACUGUAUGAAGAAGAAGCGCAAGAACGAUCGAUCAAAAAUAAGAGAGAAAUCGCAAUCAAACGCGAUGCCAAAGUAAUAAAGAAUAAGAUGCAAAAAUAUAAAUGCGAAAUCAAUGAACUGACUCGCAAACUGAUAGUUAAGAAAGAAAACGAAGACCGAACAUCUAAAUCCCUAGAUAGGUAUAUAGAAAGAUCCAAAUCCCUUGAGAAUAAACUAUCUUCGAUGCAUAAUCAAUUGGAUAAAGCGUCUGAUAAAUGUGCGAAUGAACAUUUACCAAGAAUCGAAAGCUUAGAAGACGAAGUGUUACAAAAAACUCUGCAGAUAAAUGAUCUCGAUGGAAAGAUUGUUCAAAUGCAACACAAGUUCGCAAAAAGCUACGAAUUGUUUGAGAAGAUAAAUGAUUUCGAGAUUAUUAUGAAGAAAUGUCAAAGAGAUAAGAAUGAACUUGGUAGGCAGUUGUACGAAUGUUUAGAGACUCAGCUGAUUCUCGAGGAUAAACUGAAAGAAUUAACAACGAAGAUAACGGAAAGAGAGAGCAAAAUUAUCUCAUUGACAAAUGAAAUAUGCAACAUAACAGAUGUAAACAAAUCAAACAACGAGAAAGCGAGAAAUCUGAGCAAACAAGUUAUUGAAGCUAGUAAAAAUAUUGAUUCAGCUAAGAAAGACUUGCAAUAUUGUAAAGACUUACGUAAAAAUGUGGAAAAUGUCACGAAACUGCAAAUCAAUUUCGAAUCUCGUUUCUCAGAUUAUAAAAAUAAUACAGGGUUUCUGAACAAAAUUUGUAAGAUGUACGAUGACAGUCAAGAUGAAAUAAUUCGUUUAAAGACGCAACUAGAACAUAACGAAUUAGAAAUAUCUCGAUUUAAGAAUAGCAUACAUGCCAUAACACAGAAAUACAAGAAUUUACUGAAACAUCUUCAAAAUAAAAUCACAGAAAAAGACGAACAAUUUAAAACUGUUGUAAAUAAUUUAAAUGAUUUGGAAAAGUCUUUUACUGAAAAUAGUGCGCUAUCCGAAAUCAUCGAUUCUUCAUAUGAAUUUAAACCAACCGAGGAUCCAGAACAGUCGAUAGAAUAUUUUAAAGUCGAUGAAGCCGAUUGCAGUUUAACGGAUAGUAUCUCCUUAGUAUCUAACCAUGUUAAUUCAGAUGUAUUAGAUGUAUCAUCAAUUUCAAAUGAAGAUUCUACGAUUUUUCAAUGGGAUUUCAGCAUACUAAAAAAAUCGACUCCUAAUUAA